UAAUUGGUCAGCGCCGCGCUGGUGAGAUUAGUUCGCGCCACGCUGUCCGUUCAGUGGCGCAAGCAAGCACAUCCGUGCUAUGCUGAUGAGUCGGUCGUGCGGCUCUGUCCAUUGAACCACGCAGAUGACAUGUCAGCGCGGCGUGAGCUCUGUAAAACCGCACUGUCUUGUCCUACUUUUGGUUUGUUUGGCUUCCGAUACACACCCUGUCCGCGUGCAGCCCAAAUUUCGAGACCGCACGGACGGUGCGCGUGCAACAGCGCAUGCGCAACACGACAGAAAAGUUCACUAGGUGUCAAUACGCACAAUGUGCAGUCGUCGAAGAAGAGUGUGUAAAGAGAAGAUGAGUAAAAAAACAAGACGAGUAAACUCAGAAGCAUGCUUUCUCCAUUUUUGCUCUUGGUGUAUCUUCUGAACUAUGUUGCAAUGGUGGAUGCGCUAUUUUUCUUCUCUGAUCCUGCACAGCGAAUGUCCGGUUGAUGACACGAUGUCUGGUAAAAGUAUAGAAAAAGUUGUACUGGGCAUGUGUUGAACUCGGUCAUCCGCACGCAUCUGUGGAGUAUACUUUGAAAGAUGCGUGGACGCAACUGUGAAAGUGAAGUACACCCGGGGCUUAAGUCUUUUUGGUUAGAAAGAUGCACUGCAGAGCAAUUUCAUGUCUAGUGAUCAGUAUAGUCUGUUGUGCAGCGCUGGAACAGAGUCCGUCUGGGAAGAGCGGUUGGACUGGGAAGCUGUUAGUGGUAUCAAUGGAUGGAAGUCCAUUUGAGAAAGAUUUUUAACUGUAUGGACUCUACAACUGAAAGUCUGUUCAAGAACCAGGAGCUUACAGAGUUUCUAAAAGAGCAAAACUUUGAUGCUGUUUUAACUGAUCCUGCCCAUCCAAUGGGGGCCAUAUUGGCAUAUAAUCUUUCCAUACCUGCGGUGUACAUGUUAAGGGGAAUGCCGUGUGGUCUCGAUGCUGCGGCCACAGCCUGUCCGAGCCCUCCUUCAUAUAUCCCACGUUUCUUGACACAAAACUCAGACCGCAUGUCUUUUGGUCAGCGCACAUUAAACCUUCUUAAGAGCAUGCUGGAACCACUGGAGUCUAAAUUUAUUUACUGCCCAUUUGAGAAGUUGACAUCCAACUUCCUGCAGAGAGAUGUGAGCCUGACUGAGAUCCUGAGCACUGGAGCUGUCUGGUUGAUGUGGUAUGAUUUUAGCCUGGAGUUCCCCAAACCCCUGAUGCCCAACAUGAUUCUGAUAGGAGGUAUUAACUGUGAAAGUAGAAACCCACUGACAAAGGUGAGCAUCGUCUUUAUACUCAUCACAUGAUACACUAAUGCAACAUGACAAGAAACGGACUAAAUGAGGUAAAAAGCUCAACUUUUCAACUUUGAACCCAGGCUGGAAAGAGUGACAAAGGUCCUGGGAUCUCAGCCAUAUUAUUAACAAAAAAUGAAUUGGACUCUGUGUCUAUGUAAUUCAUUGCCAGGGUCAUUUUGGGUGAACCUAAUUUUGCCAAAUUCCACAUGUUCUUGUAUCAACAUCAACAUCCUUGUUAGUCCUGGAACAACAUGCCUGACAACCUAUCAGAUUUUAGGCUUUGGCUUAGGCCUAAUGGUAUUUUUAGGACUGAUUUAGGUGGUUGGUUUAGGAUCUUUUCAAACCCACAGUAUUGUUUCCCUGUAGGGUUUUGGUUCUUUCUUUCUUUCUUUCUUUCUUGCUUUCUUUGUGGAAA